AGUGUCUAAUUUGAUCCUUUCUAUUUUAUCAUUUUAUUAAUAUCUUCUACAAAAAAAAAAAAAAAAAAUUAGUCCACAGAGAGAGAGAGGGAGAUCGAUUGCUUCCAAGUUAACGAUCGCACUGAAACAAAAAGACGCGGUUCUCUGAGACUACAAUCGAACACGCACAGAGUCCUUUCUGUGGAACUUUGAUUGCGAAGCUUAGGGUUCGCAGAGAUUUAUCAACACGUCCCACCAUCAUUGGAUCCCCCACUAUCUCAGUCACUUCGGCUUUCAUCAUUGAUUGUUGCUCAGGGAAAAAAAAAGCGGCGAGAUUUUCUUUUCCUUUUUCGUCUUUGAUAGGCCUGCGAGAUCUUCCGCUGCCUUUUGCGCCUUUUCGUGCCAUUGGUGCUAUAUGGCAACGAAAACAAAUUCAGCUGAUGGCAGGACUAGGAGCUCUAUACAAAUUUUUAUCGUAGUUGGUUUGUGCUGUUUUUUCUAUAUACUGGGUGCAUGGCAGAGAAGUGGUUUUGGGAAGGGGGAUGGUAUAGCUAUGCAAAUCACUAAAGGUGGGGCAGACUGCAAUAUAGUCCCAAAUUUAAAUUUUGAGACUCAUCAUGGUGGUGAAGCUGGGACUAUUGAUGAAUCCGAGUCAAAACCCAAAAUUUUCAAACCAUGCCAUCCUCGUUACAUUGAUUACACUCCCUGCCAAGAUCAGAGACGUGCCAUGACUUUCCCACGGGAAAAUAUGAUUUAUCGAGAGAGACAUUGUCCUCCUGAGGAACAGAAGUUACAUUGCCUAAUCCCAGCACCCAAGGGAUAUGUGACUCCAUUCCCCUGGCCAAAGAGUCGAGACUAUGUACCUUUUGCAAAUGCACCAUAUAAGAGCUUGACAGUUGAGAAGGCAGUUCAAAACUGGAUUCAGUAUGAGGGAAAUGUAUUCAGGUUCCCUGGUGGAGGAACACAGUUUCCUCAAGGGGCAGAUAAAUAUAUUGAUCAGCUUGCCUCUGUAAUACCAUUUGACAAUGGAACGGUUAGAACUGCACUGGACACUGGUUGUGGGGUUGCCAGUUGGGGGGCAUACCUUCUAAGUAGAAAUGUUAUUGCCAUGUCAUUUGCACCAAGAGACUCGCAUGAAGCACAGGUUCAAUUUGCUCUUGAAAGGGGUGUGCCUGCUGUUAUUGGUGUUUUGGGUACCAUCAAGCUACCAUAUCCAUCUAGGGCCUUUGACAUGGCUCACUGUUCUCGUUGCUUAAUUCCAUGGGGAGCAAAUGACGGAAUAUAUCUGAUGGAAGUUGAUCGAGUUCUUAGACCUGGUGGUUACUGGGUCCUUUCGGGUCCUCCAAUCAAUUGGAAGAAUAACUACAAAGCAUGGCAACGUCCCAAGGAGGAACUUCAGGAGGAACAAAGAAAGAUAGAAGAGAUUGCCAAACUACUUUGCUGGGAGAAGAAGUAUGAAAAGGGAGAAAUUGCCAUUUGGAGAAAGAGAUUAAACGCUGAUUCAUGUCGUGGACGAAAAGAUGAUUCACGGGCUACUUUUUGCAAAUCUGUUGAAGUAGAUGAUGUGUGGUAUAAGAAAAUGGAGGCAUGCAUAACUCCAUAUCCUGACGUCAGUAGUCCAGAUGAAGUUGCUGGUGGGGAAGUGAAGGUGUUUCCAGAAAGGCUUUAUUCUGUUCCUCCUAGAAUUGCUAGUGGGUCGGUUCCUGGAGUGUCUGUUGAGACAUACCAAGAGGACAACAGUAAAUGGAAGAAGCAUGUAAAUGCUUAUAAGAAAAUCAAUAAACUUAUUGACUCAGGAAGGUACCGCAACAUAAUGGAUAUGAACGCCGGUUUGGGAAGUUUUGCUGCAGCGCUUGCAUCUUCCAAAUUGUGGAUCAUGAAUGUUGUGCCCACUAUAGCUGAGAAAAAUACGCUGGGUGUCAUAUAUGAUCGAGGAUUGAUUGGCAUCUAUCAUGACUGGUGUGAAGCUUUCUCCACAUACCCAAGGACAUAUGACCUUAUUCAUGCCCAUGGUGUUUUCAGUUUGUACAAGGACAAAUGCAAUGCGGAGGACAUUCUCCUGGAGAUGGACAGGAUUUUGCGACCUGAAGGAGCAGUCAUAUUCCGUGAUGAGGUUGACGUGUUAAUCAAGGUGAAGAAAAUAGUCGGAGGGAUGAGGUGGGAUACUAAAAUGGUUGAUCAUGAAGAUGGUCCCCUUGUUCCCGAGAAGAUAUUGGUUGCUGUGAAGCAGUAUUGGGUUGCAGAUAACUCCACAUCCACGCAGUGAGUUCUAAAGACGGAAAGUGGAACCUUGCAUGGCAUGGUUUAUUAUGCUGGCAAUGCUCUUUGUUAUACAAGUCCUGACCCAAAUUUGUUGAUCUUAGAAUGAGCACUUUUGCUGUACGAGUCCUUCAGCAUAGGGCCGGGAGAAGGGAUACAGGGUUUCAUGUUUUAGUUUUACUAACCUAAACUUGUCCCAAUGUUUCUUUUGUAGUAAUUUGUAACAGACAAGCUACAAAGCUAUAUGCUUGUAAGGUUUAUGGCGUUCAUUUUUUGGCAUCCAUUAAUUAUUUUGUAGUA